AUGUCAGAUGCCGAGGUGUUCUUAUCGCUGGCAGAUUUUCGGGCUCAGGCGAAAUUGAUGCAAGGCUCACGAGACUUUGGAGCGCAGCUAUUUUGUGCUUUACUACGCUCGGUCGCUCUUGACGCGAGACUAGUAUGCUCUCUUCAACCACUACCAUUCUCAGGUACGGUGAAGGACAUGACGCCGUCUAAAGCAGCAGCAAAAUAUAUUGUCAUAUCUUCUGAUGAUCAUGACACAUCUACGGAUGAGCGGCAGAAAUCUACAGGCUCUUCUACUCCAACGAGGCCGCGACGAAUUGGACGUCCUGAACUUGUUUCACGACCAGCGCAAUCUUCCAUAAGUCCAGGUCCGCGAUCUUACCCAUUACUCAUCAGAAUUGCAACUGACCUUCUUAAAGGGCCCCGUCCACUCCUUCAAGAGUCUGCGCACCCGGUGUUCUGGGUGGAGGUCUUCAAUGAAGCAGUCCAAAAAUGGGUUGCCGUUGAUCCUAUAGUGACCAAAUCUUUGGCAAAACCUUCCAAAUUUGAACCCCCAGCAAGUGACCCGUACAACAGCAUGAGUUAUGUGGUUGCUUUUGAAGACGACGCUUCCGUGAGAGACGUGACGAGGCGGUAUGCCAAAGCAUUCAACGCAAAAACACGCAAGAUUCGGGUUGAGUCUACCCGAAAUGGAGAAAACUGGUGGGACAAGGCAAUGAUGGCCUACGAAAAGCCGUUUCUUGAGGAUCGGGAUGAGGCGGAAAUUAGUGAACUUACCUCCAAGUCUGCUGCCGAACCUAUGCCGCGAAAUAUCCAAGACUUCAAAGAUCACCCCAUUUACGCCAUUCAUAGACAUUUGCGUCGUAAUGAGGUGGUCUAUCCUGAACGUGUCAUUGGCCAUGUUGGACUAAGCAAAACGACAUCCAAAAGCGACAACUUGGAGCCAGUCUAUCGUCGGUCAGAUGUGCACGUGGUGCGCAGUGCUGACAAAUGGUAUCGGAUGGGAAGGGACGUCAAGGUGGGGGAACAUCCGCUCAAACAUGUUCCUGCUACACGCCCUAAAAGUGGAUUCGCGAGUGACGAAGAGGGAGAGGAAUCCGAGCAUACCCCUCUCUAUGCAGAAUUCCAGACCGAAAUUUACACGCCACCACCGGUAGUAGGAGGUCGAAUCCCCAAAAACGCAUAUGGAAAUCUGGAUGUAUAUGUCCCAAGCAUGGUGCCACCUGGGGCAGUUCAUAUAAAGCGCACAGAGGCGUCUCGAGCGGCACGAAUUCUCGGGAUUGACUUUGCAGAUGCAGUAACUGGAUUUGAGUUCAGAGGGCGCCGUGGAACCGCUGUCUUCGGAGGUAUAGUAAUUGCUGUCGAAUACCAGGAGGCUUUGGAGGAGGUCUUGAGAGGUUUGGAGGACGAAAGACAACGCGCGGCCUUCGAGGCAAGAAGUGCGGAAGCUCUUGGAAUGUGGCGACUUUUCCUACUCAAACUUAGGAUCGCAGAAAGGGUUCAAGGCUAUGCGAAUGAAAAUGAGAGUACUGCCGAAUCAAACCCGAGAGAGACGAGUGUCGAUCCAGCUGAAGGAGGUGGAGGGUUUUUCCCAGAGUCAGAUCAACCCACGAGAAGCUCACCCCACGAACUUUGGAGUCAAGGGCAAUCAAUGGACACUGGAGAAGAUGAACCUGUCAUUUCCAACCCAGCAGGUGUCUCUGAGCAGCAAGAAGACCAUUUUGGUGGCGGGUUCUUCCCAGAGGAACCUAUCGAAGAGCCUGGGAAAGCGGAUCUGACCACUGAGCCGAGUAUCUCACAACUUCCACCAACCACGCAAAGAAAGCCCAAAUGGAAUAGCUCAGGUGCACCGCGCUAUGAGUUAGUUGUGGUGCCCCACAAGUCAAAUACUGUAUCGGAGGAGCCGUGGUUCGCUUCUGGGAGUGGAGCUUCCAAAGAGCCCGAGGGAUCUGAGAAAGUUCCUAUAAGUGUGGACUCUCCAGCAAAUGGUGACUCAGAAUCUGUUAGUCUAGAAGUUGUCUCAAGGCCAACGUCGCCUCCACAAGCCUCUGGUCGCUCGCCGCCUGCGCAGGACUCGGACAGUGAGAUUGAGAAAGGAUCUUUGCUGUCCGAAGACCCUGAUGAUGAGGAUGCAAUUCCUGACUGGCUAGUUUGA